AUGUCUGAAAUGCACGAGCAGGGGUCAAAGCUGCCUGGGCUAUGGCGUCCUGUUGCGAUGGGAGAAGGGUAUGGCAAGUCGUGGGAAACUGCCCAUGUUGUUGCAAGCCAUCAUCGCCAGUUCGGCUUUGCAUAUGUCAAACGCCUCUCAAUUUCGACCAAGCGCGUCAAGCAUCUUUGCAACGACGGCAUCGCCUCAGAACAGCAGAGACGUAGUGGGCUCUUUAUCGAUUGA